AUGAAUUUGUUGGAAGACGUGGAUUUCCUGGAAGCUAUGGAUUUGAUGGAAGACAUAGCUUUUUUGGAAGACAUGGAUUUUCUGGAAGACCCGAAUUGUCCGGAAGACCUGGAUUUUUGGAAGACAUUGGUUUGCUGGAAGACUGGACGUUUUAUGGAAGACAUGAAUUUUCUGGAAGACGUGGACUUUCUGGAAGACUUGACUCUUCAGGAAGACAUACAUUGGCUGGAAGACCUGGAGUUACUGGAAGACAUGAAUUUUCUGGAAGACGUGGCUUUAUUGGAAGAGCUGGAUUUAGUGGAAGACAUAGAUUUUGUCUGGAAGACAGGGCAUGGAUUGACUGGAAGACCUAGAUUUGAUGGAAGACGUAGAUUUUUCUGGAAGACAUGGGCCCACUGGAAGACAUGGUUUUCUCUCAGGAAGACAGUGAUCAACUGGAAGACCUGGAUUUUUCUGGAAGACCUGAAUUCAUUGGAAGACCUGGAUUUGGUGGAAGACACAGAUUUUCCUGAAGACACAGACUCACAGGAAGACGUUGAAAUUGUUGGAAGACGUGGAUUUUUCUGGAAGAUCUGGAUUUUCCUGGAAGAUCUGGAUUUGCUUGUGGAAGACAAGAUUUAUUGGAAGACAUGCAGAUUUGUGGAAGACAUUAAUUUUCCGGAAGACAUGGAUUGCCUGGAAGACGUGAAUUUUCUGGAAGACCAGGAUUGUCUGGAAGACCUUGAGGUUGUUGGAAGACUUUGA